CCUGGCGGUGAAGGCUGACACAUAGUAAUGCUCUGUACAGGCGCGGAAACCGCGUUUCUGUACGCAAAAUUUUAGUAGUGCUUAUGUGAAGUUGAAAAAUGGAGGAAACAACUUUGAUAGAAAGUGCGACAGAAAAUUAUACACAGUUGGACUACAAUAAUUCUAGUGAAUUUAUUAGGAAAUUAUAUGGACCAAAACGGGACAGCUUAAAUGUUGUUAUUCCAAUUACUAUAAUCUACGUGAUCAUUUUUGUUACUGGUCUCAUAGGAAAUAUAAGUACAUGUGUUGUGAUAUCUCGUAACAAAUCUAUGCAUACAGCCACAAACUACUAUCUAUUUAGUUUAGCGAUUUCCGAUUUAUUGCUCUUAGUGUCAGGUCUUCCUCAAGAGGUAUACUGCAUAUGGUCGCGGUAUCCUUACGUAUUUGGGCAAGUUUUUUGUGUGCUCAGAGGACUUUUUUCGGAAACCUCUGCAAACGCGACCGUGCUCACAAUAACUGCAUUUACAGUUGAAAGGUAUAUCGCAAUAUGCCACCCCUUCUUAUCACAUACGAUGUCAAAACUCUCCAGAGCGGUCAAAUUUAUACUUAUCAUUUGGUUAGUUUCAAUUGUGUUUGCCGUGCCGCAAGCGCUUCAGUUUGAAGUUGUUAGUAUCAAUGGAAUUCCAGAAAGUACGAAAUGCGACGCUGUGAGGACUAUCAUUCCUCAUUCGUUUGAAUUUUCCACGUUUGUGUUUUUCAUCGGACCGAUGAGCUUAAUUACAAUAUUGUAUGUACUCAUUGGAAUGAGACUAAGGAGCUCGAAUAAAAUGAAAAAGGUUCAAUGGGACUUCCGAAGACGCAAUGACGCCACGACUGCCGCGAGCAAAAGAAGUGAAUCUGUAAAACAACGACAGAUCCAGACAUCUCGGCGUGUUCUCAAGAUGUUAGUUGCUGUAGUAGUCACCUUCUUCCUUUGUUGGGCCCCUUUUCACACACAACGACUGGUAGCCAUAUACGGAACUAUUCCAGCUGAUCAUGAAGAUCGUCAACUGUUCUUUAGAAUUUACGAGAUCGUAACAUAUACAAGUGGAGUUCUGUACUACUUUUCAACUACAGUAAAUCCAUUGUUAUACAACAUUAUGUCCAACAAGUUUCGAGAAGCGUUCAAGGAAACGUUCGCGGCAUGCUGCCGAAUCCGAUUUAUGUCGCCAGAACACCCAAAGUGUAGCUAUGCGGUUCUCUCACGAUCAAUCAAGAGGGGACAGGACUCAUGCACAGACUCCUCCGGAAAAGAUGAUGCUAGUAUCCAGACCAACGUGACGAGUUCCUUCAGAAUUCCAUCAGAUGCUGUGAAUACGCAAAGGAUUGGAUUGCGUUCGUGCUUUACAACUAUUGAUUCUUCUGGAAAGUUUACGAGUUUUGGAAAACUUGAUCGAGGCGAAAGGUUCCAAGGUUUACGCAUUACAACUUCCACAAACACCCAUAUGUUGACCUUUCAACCUACUACAUCCGAAUUUACUGCUUGCCAACCAAUAGAAACCAUAAAUGGAAUUAAUUACUUAUCCAGCUCUUCUUGUGAUAUUAGUAAUAGCAGUCUAAAGGACGUCGAGAACGUAUUACUAGAAUAUGAAUUAUCUGAUUAUUUGUGUUUGGAUAAACAAAAUAAAUAAUUAUUUGUAUUCUGCCUAUGAGGUUUGCUACAACGUAAAUAAGUGUUAGAAUUAAGAGAUGAUCCAUGUCAAUGUAUCUAAAUGUGAUAUUCGUUUUUAAAG